AUGUUCUUCGCGGUGCUGUUUGUCGUGCCCUUUUCCAUUGUCUGCUGUUGCUUGAGGGGGUCCAACAUCUCCAGCAAUGGCGUCUGUGGGGAGACCUUGAAGGUUUUCCACUCCUGCAUAGACAUCGAGGUGGCAGACCAGGAUAUGCCUGGGCUCUUCGCGGCCUCGGUGGAGUCCCGUCGGCAAAUCUGCGCGGACUUGAGCCCAAUGCUGGAGGUCAUGAUCCGCAGAAACCCGGAGCCCAUGAAGCCUGGCUCGGUUGUGCAGUUCGUCCAGGCCACGGGUAGUGGAGAGGAGUUCUGGCCUUACCUUGCCGUGCGGGCGCUGCUUCAGAACCUGUUACAGGUGUGGCCGGUGACUGGCCCACCCAAGAGUGCGGCAGAGGUGCAGACAAAGGUCUUCCCUCAGUCCGUGCUGGCUGCGGCCGAGCCCAGGAUCAGCUGCCCCUUCAGCGAUCCUGCGAUCCGACGUGGCACAGCCGUCCUCUGGGCUCACAUGUGGCGGCUACAUCCGCACAUGCCUCCAGCGGUGCAGGCAGAGUUGACGGGGCGGCUGAUGCAUCUACCCAAGUUGGGACGAGCAAUGACCUCCGUUGCAGCUCACGGCGAAGGCGACCGCUCCGGCUUUGUGGACAUCGUGCGCAGCUCCAUCAAAUUCCAGCGCUGCCUCGUGCAGGCGAUGGACUUCGACGACUCACCGCUGCUGCAACUUCCACACGUGAGGUCUGUACCUGCAAAUCCUCCGACGCUGCGGGAGGACCAUCUAAAGCUGCGUCUUCUGAAAUCGCAGGUUGUGGAAUCGUGUGGCGAGCCGUCCCUUCUCCGGCGAAUUGGCAACUUCUCCACAGAACAGGUCUUGGACAUCCAAGCCUUCUGCAGACACGCCCCCCUCGUGGAGUUAAGCUACGUGGUUAACGACGAGCCGGAUAUGGCAGAGGGAGACCUCGGUACCCUGAAAAUCACCCUCACGCGCACGAACUUGGACGCGACCGAAAGUGUCGGUGCAGUUCAUGCGCCUUUAUUUCCAGGAGUGAAGUUCGAGGAAUGGUGGUUGCUGGUCUACGACAAUCGUGGUCGAAGGACCAUCACAGCACCUUUGCAGUGUCAAGCUAUGCCAAGAUGCAGUCAAAGCUAG